AGUUAAUCAUAAUGAUAGUUUAUGGUGAGAACUCCUCCUCAGAAAACAAAUUAAGAUAUUGUUUAAUCAAAGCCAGACACUUGGGCCAUACUUUGUAAUCAAAGUAUUAUCUAGCAAAAACUAGGGAAAUAUCAUUAAAGCAAUUGAUUUUAUCAUAAUAGAUUGAUUGUAUCGCAAUCGAAAUCUUUGUUUUUUUCAUUUAAUCAAUUAUCUUCAUCACUCACCAAGGAAAUAAUCUUAUCUUCUAUUGGAUUAUUUUAAUAUGUCCACUUCAAAAUCAUAAUCUGCUUGAAUCGAUUUCAUUUCAACCAAAAUCAGUCCAGAUUUAGCUCUUAAUUGUCAUUUAUUGUACUUUUUAACCUUAAUAUUUAGCCUUUCCAUAAAAAUGUCAGAGACAGUUUUGGUGAUUGGAAAUGGUUCGCGAGAACAUGUUUUGGCCUGGAAGCUGGCCAAAUCUUCAAAAGUCCAUAAAAUUUUUGUGUGUCCAGGAAACGCAGGAACCCUGAAAGAGGAUAGAAAAAUUUCAAAUCUCUCUUUAGAUCUAAAGGAUUUAUCAAAGGUUGAAGAAUGGUGCUUAAAAGAGAAACCAUCUCUUGUAGUGAUUGGACCUGAAGAUCCUUUAAAUCGUGGUUUAUCUGAUAUUUUGUCAAACCAUGGAAUUCCUUGUUUCGGUCCUUCACAAUCAGCUGCCCAAAUUGAAUGUGAUAAAUCAUAUGCUAAAGAGUUCAUGGUUAGACAUGAGAUACCAACUGCUAGACAUAAAGUUUUUGUUUCCUCUUCUGAAGGAAAAAAAUGGGUAACCAACUGUCCACCUAACCUCAAACCAUGGGUUGUCAAAGCUUCAGGUCUUGCUGCUGGUAAAGGUGUCCUUAUUGGUACAAGUACAGAAGAAACUUGUCGUUAUAUUGAGCAAAUAUUAGACGAUAAAAUAUUUGGUGACGCUGGAAACUCUAUUGUUGUUGAAGAUUUCUUAGAAGGAGAUGAAGUUUCAGUUAUGGCCUUUUCAGAUGGAGUCAAUAUAAGUGUCAUGCCUCCGGCUCAGGACCAUAAGAGAGCGUUUGAUAAUGACGCAGGACCUAAUACUGGAGGAAUGGGUGCCUUUUGUCCUUAUCCGUGUUCAUCUCAAGAGAUGCAGGAAAUUAGUGCAAUCAUACAAAAAACAAUCAAUGGAAUGAAAGCUGAUGGACGAAAAUUUAUUGGUGUUUUAUUCACUGGUUUCAUGUUAACUUCAGAUGGUCCCAAAGUAUUGGAGUUUAAUGCUCGUUUUGGUGAUCCAGAGACUCAAUCAGUUCUUCCUUUGCUCAACAGUGAUCUAUUUGAUAUCUGUUUGGCUUGUAUUUCUGGUAAAUUGUCUACCAUUACCAUUGAUUGGAGAGAUAACUUUUAUUCCUGUGGUACGGUUAUUGCUUCCUCUGGUUAUCCUGAUAAACCCAUAACUGGCAAACAAAUUAAUGGCCUUGAUAAAUUAUCUGAUUGUAUCAUCUUCCAUGGAGGAACUAAAUGGAUCGAUGAUAGAUUAACCUCUUCUGGUGGCCGAGUUUUAACGGUUGUUGCGUCUGAUAAUGAUCCACAGAAAGCAAUCAAUAAAUCUCAACAAGCUGCUUCAUCAAUCAAAAUUGAAGGCUCCUUUUAUCGUCAUGAUAUCGGUGUACGAGCAUUGAAAAAAUUAAAUAAGGCUGAUCAUCAUUUGAGCUAUCGAUCAAGUGGAGUCGAUAUUGAUGCUGGUAAUCAAUUGGUGGAUCGAAUUAAAUCAAUGGUCGGUGCAACGCAUCGACCUGGAGUUGUUGGUUCAAUUGGUGGCUUUGGUGGUUUAUUUGAUGCCUAUCCAGAUGGACCAUUAUUGGUCGCAGGUACUGAUGGAGUUGGAACUAAACUGCGUAUAGCAAUUGAGUGUAAUAUCUUGAAUACCGUUGGAAUCGAUUUGGUUGCAAUGUGUGUUAAUGAUAUUUUAGUCCAAGGAGCUGAGCCUUUGUUUUUCCUCGAUUACUUUGCUUGUGGUAAACUUGAUGUUGACUCUGCCUCCCAAGUUAUUUCUGGUAUUGUUCAAGGAUGCAAACUUGCCAAUUGCGCAUUAAUUGGUGGAGAAACAGCUGAAAUGCCUGGAAUGUAUCAUGGUAAAGACUUUGAUCUAGCGGGUUUCUCUGUUGGUGCCGUUGAUAGAAAAUCUGUUUUACCAAGAUUGAAGGAAAUCAGUGAAGGUGAUGUCUUGAUUGGUCUACCAUCUUCUGGUGUUCACUCCAAUGGAUUCAGUUUGGUUCGCAAAAUUAUCGAAAAGAAAGGAUUGUCGUUUAAUGAUAAAGCUCCUUUUGAUCGAUCUCAGACAUUGGGUCAGAUACUUUUAGCUCCUACUCGAAUUUAUGUGAGAAGUGUCCUUCCUGCAGUUAAAUUGGGUUAUAUUGUCGCUGCUUCUCAUAUAACAGGAGGAGGCUUAACUGAAAACAUUCCUCGAGUUUUACCCUCCCAUUUAGCUGCUGAAUUGGACGCUAAUCAAUGGGUAAUGCCGCCCGUAUUUAAAUGGCUCAAAGAAGCUGGAUCUCUUCUUGAUAGCGAAAUGUUACUAACUUUUAAUUGUGGUUUAGGAAUGAUUCUUGUUGUCAAGCAAGAUAAUGUAAACUCAACUCUUAAUUUACUCAAGAUAAAUGGUGAACCUGGUGCGAAGAUUGUUGGUAAAAUUGUUAAACGUUCAGAUUUGCCGGUAAUUGUAAACAACUUUGAAAGCUUGAUGGAUCACCUUCAAACGGUGUUGGUUCAGAAACUGCCAAAAAGAGUUGCUGUAUUUGAUUUUCUGGGGUCUGGGACUAAUUUACAAGCUCUGAUAGAUCAUUUCAAAGCAGUCAAAAUCUAUAAAUAUUGUAUUAGUUGUUUUCUAGCAAAACCCAAUGUUGCUGGACUUACCAGGGCUGAAAAUGCCGGAAUCAAAACUUUGGUCAUUCCAAGUAAAGGUUUUAAAAAUCGAGUUGAUUAUGAUAUGGUCGUUAAUGAAGCUUUGAAAAAAGCUUCCAUUGAAAUUGUCUGCCUUGCUGGUUUCAUGAGGAUACUAUCCGAAGAGUUUGUCCACCUUUGGAAGGGUAAAAUGCUAAACGUUCAUCCUUCUCUGUUACCCUCUUUUAAGGGCAUGGACACUCAUGCUAGAGCUUUGGAAGCUGGUGUUAGAGUUCAUGGAUGUACAGUUCAUUUUGUUGAGCCAGAUGUCGAUACAGGAGCGAUUGUGCUUCAAGAGGCAGUUCCAGUUCUUCCAGGCGAUACUCCAGAUAUUUUACAAGAAAGAGUUAAACAAUCAGAGCAUAAAAUAUUCCCGUUAGCUCUAGAGUAUCUAGCAACUGGUCGGGUUCAAUUAAACUCUGAAGGCAAAGUUCAAUGGAAUAAUUAAUUUAUGAAUAAACAUAAUUUUUAUGAAAAUUGUAA